GGUUCAUACAGUGCCAAAUAAGUACAUCGGGAAACAGUUGAACAAUCUUUGCUGCAACACUAGAAUAACGGAGGCACCACCUGAAGCAAAACAAACAAAACCUUCUUUUACAACAGCUUCGGAAAUUGUUGAAAUCACGGUCACAUUUACAGACUGUGGUUAUGAGUUUAUGAAUCAUAUGUCAGCAUGAAUAGGGAGCGCUUAUUAGUCACUUUUAUAAAUGUCUUUGGAAAUGAGCAUCUGCUAAAAGCCUUAAAUGGUGUAGAUCGAUUUAAACAUGAGCUGUUUUAUAAUCGUAUUGUUCACAUGUUUUGAUUCACUGUGGUUUUGUACAGGUCAGUUUGAGAUUGAGAAACCAGAAUGUCUCACACUGUCGUACCCAUGAACUCUUCAACGCUCGUCAUCCAGCUGCAGCCAGCAACACAAACAGCAGCUCCUGUGCCUGUUUAUGUACAACAGGUGGCGGGAGCUUCACCUCUUCAUGGACUUCAGGCAUUUCUGAAAGGACAACCGAAAGCCCUUGGGACGGUCCAGAUAAUGAUCGGUCUGCUAACUCUACUGUUUGGCAUUGUGUCUUCAGUUUAUGCAGAACCCAUCUUUAUCUUUAGUGGUCUUCCUUACUGGGGAUCUCUCAUCUACAUUACCGCAGGCUCACUCUGCAUUGCUGCAGAAAACAAAAUGAAUUCCCCCUCCAGUGUGUGUUUGGUGAAUGUGUCACUGGGAAUGAACAUUUUCAGUAUUAUAACCGCAGGCAUUGCCAUUAUUUUACUUUCACUGGAUUUGGUUAUAGGUGUACGCAUGUACUGCUGGGGUUAUGACUGUAAUCAUUUAGACAGAAGUUAUGAGGUAAGUCUACAACUUUUGUAUUCACUAGGGAUGCACCGAAAUAGCAUUUUCGGUUUUUCUUCAAAAGAUAAAAAUGGCUGAAAUUUUGAGCCGAAAUAAUUACCGAUUAGAAUGCUUCCA